AUGCAGACAGCUAAGACUCCGUUCGUUCCUCCCGAAGACUUGCCGUGCGAUGUAUGCAAACAAUCUACGGAUGAUGACACGAUGAUCUUAUGCGAUUCCUGCGACAGGGGAUUUCACAUGGCGUGCUUGAACCCGGUGCUGAACGAACUGCCGAUAGGCGACUGGUUGUGCGACGGGUGUUGUGCUACGGGAGCGUCCGCGAAGGGCUUCGUUCGAACAAUCCCCACGAAUAAAACUGAAAUCCAACUGGUCGAACACGAACGAACGACGUCGUGCCGACUGUCCUCCGUCGACAUCGCCGCUGGCCUUGCGCUCAAGGACGACGGACGAGUGGCGCUCGGAAAUCUCCCCAUUUCCGGCUACAACCCAGGGGGAUAUAGGAGCGUAAGAGCAACGCGAGGGAUCUCCGCGGGUUCAUAUUACUGGGAGGCGCUGUGCGUACACGGCAUUAACGGAAACUCCGGUCACUGUCGCGUCGGGUUCGCGCAGCAGUGGUCCGACCUGGAACUUCCAGUUGGCGCGGACGAACUCUCAUACGCGUUGAGCUCGUCCGCAGGGUGCGGCGUGCACCUAGGAGUGCGGACACCGCUUGGGACUCCGUUCUCCGACGGCGACGUCGUCGGGAUGCAGCUUUACCUCCCCCCCGGAGGAAGGGAGCGAAAACGCACUCGAGAGGCGGUGUACUGGGGGAACAAAUUGUUUUGGAUCGAGGAAGGGUUCGCGGACGAGCCGAAGGUUGUCAAAGGAUCGUUCAUCGCUUGGAGCGUGAACGGGCGAAAUAUCGGGAAGACCAGAAACCUUCUGGAAGGGACGUACUUCCCAGCCUGUGGAAGUUCGGUGUAA